AUGCAUUCCGUCAGUGAUGUUGCUGCCCACUUUGGUCGCGUUGAAGAACAACUUCGUUCCUCUCUUUUCAGCAUCCUUGAGACUCUUAAUUCUCCUUCUCUUUAUCUUCCUUCUCUGGGCAGUUCAAAAGCAGACACCGAGCACGUCAUAGACUUUUCUUUGCCCAGUAUUUCACCUUACCGGUUCACAAUCAGCAGCACUACAGCUGGCACACAUCCUCGGCCUGGAGUAGGCAUGGCUAUGCGUAGAAUGCUCAAAGAUGCUAGAUUCUGA